AUGGAAGGGUCGUGGAAAAAGCCCCAGCAUGUUGCUGCUUCUGAAGAAAUCCAGGCAGAAAAUGACCCAGAAACAGUCAUGCGUCCACCCAGGGACGUGCGCGGCGCCCCGGCCAUCGCCCUGGUGGGCUGCCUCAGCCUCGCCGUGGAGCUGCAGGCGGGCGCCGGGGGACCGGGACUCGCCGCGCUCGUGGACUUCGUGCGUGACAAGCUGAGCUUCCUCGUCACCGCCCGGCCCACCGCUGUCAACAUGGCCCGCGCCGCCCGAGACCUGGCUGACGCCGCGGCCCAGGAAGCCGAGCGGGAGGGCGCCACCGAGGAGGUGGUCCGGGAGAGAAUGAUCCGCUACGCUGAAGACAUGCUGGAGAAAGACCUCAGAGACAAUCGGAGUAUCGGGGACCUGGGAGCCCGCCACCUCCUGGAGCGGGUGGCCCCCAGGGGUGGCAAGGUGAUCGUGCUGACCCACUGUAACACCGGUGCACUGGCCACUGCUGGCUAUGGCACAGCUCUAGGUGUGAUCCGCUCGCUGCACAACCUGGGCCGCCUGGAGCACGCCUUCUGCACAGAGACCCGGCCCUACAACCAGGGAGCCCGGCUAACAGCAUUCGAGCUGGUCUAUGAGCAGAUCCCUGCCACCCUCAUUGCUGACAGCAUGGCAGCCGCUGCCAUGGCCCACCGGGGCAUAUCAGCUGUCAUCGUGGGAGCCGACCGUGUGGUUGCCAAUGGUGACACAGCCAACAAGGUGGGCACCUACCAGCUGGCCAUCGCCGCCAAACAUCAUGGCAUCCCCUUCUAUGUGGCUGCCCCCAGCUCCUCGUGUGACUUCCGCCUGGAGACAGGCCAGGAGAUUGUCAUCGAGGAGCGCCCGGGCCAGGAGCUGACCGAUGUUAAUGGGGUCAGGAUUGCAGCACCCGGGAUUGGGGUUUGGAAUCCUGCUUUUGAUGUCACCCCCCACGACCUCAUCACCGGUGGCAUCAUCACAGAGCUAGGUGUCUUUACUCCCAAGGAGCUCCGGGCAGCCCUAAGCACUACCAUCUCAGAGAAAGGGACUCUAGAUGGACCCCAGAUGUAACCAUCCCGGCUCUCCCUACCCUGCCCUCAUCCCCCGGGUUUUCUAAUAAAUGUCUUGAAUGGC